GUCGUUUACCAAUAUAGUUGUGUGAUUUUAUUGUGGAAUCAAAAAUGGAUUUAAUCAUAAGGUUUUUGUUACUUGGAGUCCUGUCGGUGGCCGCUCAAGAUGACAUUCAGGAAAUUCUUAAGGACUUAUUUGGGACGCCGCCGCCAUUACCAGACACCAACGAAACAUGUAUACUAAAAAGCGGCGGAGAAGGAAGAUGUAUGCCGAUUAAUUUAUGUGGUGAUACCUCUUCAAGCAAAGUUGUCCCUAUUGAAGUACAUAAAGAAUGUAAGCAUUAUAUGGAUAUAUGCUGUUCUGCAAUCAAAGAGGAUGAUGAAAACAACCCCGUUAUCACCGACGCCAAUCAUGAGGCAGACGUGAGUUGCGGUAAGCAUAAUCCAAAUGGAAUACAGAUGAGUACUGUGGUCGACAAUGAUAGCGAGGCCAAGUUUGCUGAAUUUCCCUGGAUAGCCGCAGUCUUUGUGAUGAAGCAACGAAAACUUCGAAGAGUUUACAUGGGCGCCGGUUCUAUCAUACACCCAGAAGUGGUUUUGACCGCCGCGCACAUCACAGGCGGUGUCAUGAGUGUCAGAGCUGGUGAAUGGGACUCAAUGAGCAGCAAAGAGCUGUUCGACCAUCAGGAUAUUGAUGUAGGGGAGAUCGUGGUGCAUGAGCUGUAUACACCGCAUAGGAAGAACAUGCAAUACGAUAUAGCUAUGCUCAUCCUAUCAUCGCCCCUAAUGCUGACAGUCCACGUUGGAGUUGUCUGUUUGCCCCCUCCGGGGACAGCAACGACCCCCGCAGGAACGAGAUGCUUGGCAACCGGCUGGGGCAAGGACAAGUUCCAGAAUGGGCAAUAUCAAAAUAUAUUAAAAAAGAUAGAGUUACCAGUCGUAGAUCGACGCCAUUGUGAAAAUUUGCUACGAAGGACACGCCUGACCUAUCGUUAUAAGCUUCAUUCGAGUUUCAUGUGCGCCGGAGGCAAAGCGGACAAAGACACUUGUGUCGGGGACGGUGGAGCACCUCUUGUUUGUCCUAUACCGGAACAAAAUGAUCGAUACGUCCAAAAUGGUAUUGUAUCGUGGGGAAUCGGUUGUGGUAAAGAGGGUUUACCAGGCGUCUACAUUGAUCUGACCUUCCUACGGCCAUGGAUAGAUUUUCAGAUGACAGCUCGAAACUUCAACACUUCUUCGUAUACCUAUAAGAUAAUUGGCAAGAAUAAUCCGUAACAAAUAUCACAAUUUGUAUACUCUAUGGUGAAUUUUGGAAUUGUCAAAUCGUGGCUGAAAUUGUUUAAGCCCAGUUAGUUUUACACAUAUCGAACGUCGACAUAA